CCAACAUGCAUGUGCUAACUCUGGUGAGCCUGCUGGCGGCAGUGACAUUAUGCCUUUGCCACGGAGAUACUUCGGCUCACUCCAACGACCCAUCCAGUUCCGAAGCUUUCAUCUCCAGGCGUGACAGCGCAACGGUAGUGAAGAGACAGAUGCAGAAUCCUCAAGGGGCUGCCGUCGCAGCUGCAGAUGCUGCCGGACCCCUUGAAAGCCUUCGAGAGGUCUGUGAGUUGAACGUCGCCUGUGAUGAACUGGCCGACCACAUUGGCUUCGUAGAAGCAUACCAAAGAUUCUAUGGACCGGUGUAG